UUAUGAUGAAGACGAAUCCUGCCAAUGUAUGGCUGUAAGGUGCUGAUGUAGAUAAACCAACCUCUUUAAAAUUAAUUGACUCGAUAAUUUUAAAACUUUUUCAGAAGAUGUAAUUUUCAAGAAUGUGAAAGCAACAACGCCAUCAAUAUAUUUUUGUAAUAAUAUUUAAGUUCACCCAAACUAUCACUGUAACUUUAUAUCAACGAUGAAUAUUUUUGAAAAAUAUGGAAAAUUUUGUGCGAACUAUUCUUUGGAAGUCAUGGUUUGUUUUGUAACGAUGUUUGUCGGAGCUGUAUCACUUAAUUUACGAAGUCCUUUCGAAUUCUGCAAGUGGUCGUUCAACUGUGAAGCAAAUGAAGAAGAACUCUCGUCACAUGCAAGCAGUGAUGCUGUGUUGUUAUCAAUUUUAAGAUGUGCGACGAUCCUAUACUUUUUCGUCAAAUUACGAAAAAUUAGUAGCCUCGGAUCUGGAUAUCUUGUAGCAGGAGUAUGCAUGUGCGUCACAUUUGGAGCUAUUGUUUUUGCCGCAACGCUGAUUCAACUUUUGCAUAAAGAUUGGAAUAUUGUUGGAGAAUCGUUGCCGAUAUUUCUACUUUUAAUAGAUUUGUCUCGAAUUGUUAUUCUUAUUCAACAUACUUUAACAGCCAGUACAGUUCUGGCUGUUCAGGAUCGAAUUGCCGAAGCUAUGCAAAAAAUUGGACCUGUCGUGACUUUUGACACAAUAAUAGAAAUUUUGGUCAUCAUUACAAGCAGUACAAUGAAGGUGCGCCAGCUACAAGACAUCUUUUGCUUCGCCAGUCUUUCGGUAUUAUUAAAUUACAUUAUAUUCACAACCUUCGUUCCUGCUUGUUUAGCAAUCUUUUUGACGAUGACACGAAAGCAAUCUAUUUCAACAAUUCCAGAAUGGUAUAAUGAAAAAUUUUCAACUGUUCUUGAAAAGGAAUGGAAUAAGGAAAUGAACCCAUUAACAAAUAAAAUUAAAAUUCUCUUAUGUACUGUUUUACUGGCAGCAAAUGGUGCACGAAUCUUAUUUGGUGAUAAUUUUCCCCAUAAUGAACAUAUGCAGUCAUCUUUCGAUUCGGUUUUAACUUUGACACCACAGCAGUUUUUCACUGUAACAAUUCUAAUGCUGCUUUUCGGAAAGUUCCUUAUGCAAGAAGGUAAAUUUCAAAAUGAAAAAGUUCAGUCAAUACCCCAAGCAUUGCUUCAUCAAGAGCUUCGUCGCGAAAGCUCGUCUGUAUCUCUGCUCUAUCAAGAACCAAAAAAGUCCGCUGCACCAAGACCUUCUGCAAUUUGUAUGGAGUUAUUAAAGGAAGAUUCUAACUUGCUUACUGACCACGAAAUCAUUUCUCUCGUCGACCUUGGAAAAAUUCAAGUUCAUCGUUUGGAAACUACUUUGAAAGAUCCAAAUCGAGGAGUUUAUAUAAGAAGAAAACUACUCAACAAAAAAUUGUCAACCGAAGACCAACAAGUUGCGUUAACGCAGGUUCCUUUCGCUCAUUUUAACUUCAGUAAAGCAACUGCAGCCUGCUGUGAAAAUACUGUUGGGUAUGUUCCCAUGCCUGUGGGAGUUGUUGGUCCACUGCUAUUAAAUGGAGAGGAAUAUUAUGUACCUAUGGCUACCACAGAAGGAACAUUACUUGCAAGCACAAAUAGAGGAAUGAAGGCUGUUCUUAAGUCCGGGGGUGUAGAGGCAACUGUUUACAGUGAUGGUAUGACAAGAGCACCUGUUGUGGAGUUUCCAACUUCCAGAGAAGCUUGUGAAAUGGCAAGUUGGCUGCAAGAUCAAUUCAACUUUGAACUGGUGAAAGAUAAGUUUGAUGAAACAAGUCGAUAUGCAAGAUUGGAAUCAUUGUUUCCUAUUGUCUGUGGAAGAUUGCUUUAUAUUAGAUUCAAAGCAUCAACAGGGGAUGCAAUGGGAAUGAAUAUGGUCUCCAAAGGAGCAGAGCAUGCCCUUCGGUGGCUACGAGAUCUUCAUCCAAACAUGAAAAUAAUUAGUUUGAGUGGAAAUGUUUGUACUGACAAGAAAUCAUCUUCUAUCAACUGGGUUUUAGGAAGAGGAAAAUCUGUUGUUGCUGAAGCAAGAAUUCCUGCAUCAGUUGUUCAUUCAGUUCUAAAAACAAACAUUAACGAUCUUGUUCACUUAAACACAAGCAAGAACCUUAUUGGCUCAGCAAUGGCCGGUAGCAUCGGUGGAUUUAACGCACAUGCUGCAAAUGCAGUGACUGCAAUUUAUAUAGCUACUGGGCAAGAUCCAGCACAAAACGUUGAAGGCAGUAAUUGUAUGACAAUUUUAGAAAAAAUUCCUCCAUCUGAAGAAUGUGAAGCAACCUUAUUAAUGACUUGCACCAUGCCUUGUAUUGAAGUGGCUACAUGUGGUGGCGGAACAGCACUAGAUGCACAGCGAGCUUGUUUAAAUUUACUAGGGGUUGGCGGUAGCAGUUCACAAACUUCGAAGGCUGGCCAUAAUGCAAGAAAGUUAGCGCAAAUCGUCUGUGCCACUGUGCUUGCAAGUGAACUGUCGCUGUUAUCAGCUCUAAGUGCAGGCCAUUUAGUACAAAGCCACAUGAAACAUAACAGACUUCCAACACAAAAGCAGAAAUCAGAGCAUAGUGUUUUGUUUAACUUAUAGAAUUUAUAUUUGUCUAUCAAUUAUGACACUUUAUGCAUGGUGUGUUCUCAAUAUGCGACCAAAAUAAAUUGAAUAUGAUCUGUUGUCUUUAAAUAUUACAGCAUUUAAAUUGUCCACCUGUAAAA